UCAAGAACGGCCGACCGAACGUCGACCGUAAUCACUUGAAUAUAGUAAAAAAUGACUAACGGUUAUAUCGGUUGAAAAAUUAUCGGAAUAUUCAAGGUUUUUGAAAAUUCAAGAGUCGGAAAAAACUUUAACUUUGGAUAACUUCCAUUUCGUCAUCAUAUUUAUUGUGUUAGUCGAAAAUAAUAAUCAACAUAAGAGGCAUAUAUUGAAAUUAAUUAACAAAAUUCAAUUGUGCGUCUAAAUAAAAUUCUUGAAUGAUCGAGAUUUUGUGAAGUAAUUUUGAACUUUCGAUACUUAGUGAAUUAUUGUUCGAGCUGAAAUUAGUUCCACGUCCACUCAUAUUCAUGAAUUUUUUUUUUUUUUUUUUUUUUUAAUUUACCAUUUUCGAUAAAAAGUGGAAUUUGAGGAUUAUUCAACUCUUGAAGAGACGCGUUGAGAUCGUGAGCCGUGGACAUCGAUCACCUCUGGGAUCAUAGUGUUACAAUAACAACAGGUUCAUCAAAUUACAACGGCAUCAGCAGCAAUGGGAUGAAUAUCUGAAAUUAUUCAAAUGUGAAUUUGAAAGAAUUGAAACACAUUUCACAUAGAACUCGAGUACUCUAUUGAUAUCGUACCAGAAAAUUUCCACUAGAUGUGCAGUUAUCAUUGGUCUUCUAAAAAGAGGCAUCUUAAUGAAGGGAAAGAAGGCCGCAAACAAGCAUGGCGGAAAAAAGAAUGUUAGGCAAAGUGAAUUUCACACAGAGCGACGCAAUUUCAAGUGAUAAUUGGGAACAAAGUGACGUCAGAAUAAUCGGAGAUGGAAGAUUUCCGAUUGUGGCUAAUAACGUGGCUUUUGAACUGAUGAAUACGAGCGUUGGCUCGUCGACGACAACAACCACCGCUACAACGACUACAACAAUAGGGAACACUUCGAGCUCCGGUACAGCGGACAAUGGUAGCAUACUCGAAGGCCUCAUUGUACCCCUCUAUGCGAUUAUAUUUCUUCUAUCUGUAAUCGGCAACUGUCUCGUACUGGUUACUCUCGCCAGGAACAAGAGAAUGAGGACCGUCACCAACGUUUACCUGUUGAAUCUCGCGGUCUCGGAUCUGCUACUCGGUGUGUUUUGUAUGCCGUUCACGCUACUGGGACAGAUACUGAAGAAUUUCGUAUUUGGGUUAGUCAUGUGUAAGCUGAUACCCUACUUUCAAGCGGUAUCAGUGUCGGUCGGGGUUUGGACACUUGUUGCAAUAUCGUUGGAGCGUUACUUUGCGAUAUGUCGACCACUGAAAUCGAGACGUUGGCAAACCCAAUUUCACGCUUAUAAGAUGAUCGCCCUAGUUUGGGCGGCCAGUCUCACGUGGAACUCACCGAUCCUUGUCGUCUCGACACUUCGAGCUCUUCGAGGAGGAAGGCAAAAAUGCAGAGAAGAUUGGCCAAGUAUCGAAGCUGAAAGAAUUUAUAAUAUUUUUCUCGAUGGUACGCUCUUACUCGUGCCCCUAAUUGUUAUGAGCUUAGCUUAUUCUUUAAUAGCUACGAAACUAUGGAGAGGCAUGAAACGUGAAAUCCGUCAAAGUUCUUCUUGCAAGUUAAGACUAGAGAGAGUCGAAUCAUCAGCUGCUGCUGCCCUAAAUCCAUACACCCACGUCGAAAAGGAAAAUUCACCAUUAGGCCUGGUAACCGGAAACGGAAUGGUUCCGAAGCAAACGAGCGGUAUAUUGUCGUCCUCCACUUGUCAUCAGGCUUCCCCUCUUUCUACAACGCCCACGCAACCUGUGACGAUAACUCCGAAAGGGAAAAAAUCUCGGUCAAAUGCUUCGAGCCCCGGCACCGAGUUCGUCAAGCUGUUGUUGACAAAACGAUCGGUCGGUCAGCCACGCUCUGGAACUUCAACAGUCACGUCGAGAAGCAAAAGUUUCAAAUUUUCACGGCCUGAUAUGCUUGGCAGUACGCGUUUAAGAAGAGAUUUAAGAAAGUCGGAAGGAACUACCGUAGAUAUUCCUGUCGAUGAUCAUAGCGGUGAUACUAAUUAUGCGUUUGGUAGACAACACGCAAUUAGGAGUAAUUAUAUGGGAAAGAGCAUUGAAGCAAAGAAAAAGGUAAUCAGAAUGCUAUUUGUGGUGGUCCUCGAGUUUUUUCUCUGCUGGGCGCCGCUGUACGUCGUAAAUACUUGGUACCUUUAUGAUCCAAAAUUCAUUUAUCAUCACGUUGGAAGUACAGGAAUCAGUUUGGUACAACUAUUAGCGUAUGUGUCGAGUUGUUGCAACCCGAUAACUUACUGUUUUAUGAAUCGAAAGUUUCGACAAUCCUUUCUAAGCUUGUUCGAUUGUUGGGGUUGUUGGCGAUUAAAGUGCUUGGAUGCCGAGGCAUCGUUGGGAGUUACGAGGAAUGCUACUCAGCCAGGAAACAGCGAGCUAAGCGGAAACGAGUCGACUAUUUAUCUUGGCAGAACUUCCGUCGUUGCGAGAUCCGAGGUGGUGAGACUUUUGGAGGAGGAGAACCGAGUUUAGCAUCGACUUUCCUCCACAAAUUCAAGUGGAACAACGAGAGUGAUGGAAAUGCUGAGUUCUGGUACGGCAACGAUGAUGUCGGCUGCGACGUUACCAGCAUCAACGAGGAAGGUCUCGACUAUCUCAACGCAGACAUCGCGGUCUUCAUUCACCAAUUCACCCAAUUCACCUGGAAUUUACUGUCUCGAUCUUGAGCCAGAGGAAGACAGUUUUUUCUUAAGGAUAUCGUGGCGUCCCCCACCUUCCAGUAUCGCAAGCAAUUCAUUCGGUUUAUCUUCAGCUCAAAAAAUCAAUUCUCCUUCAAGUACGAUUAGUCAGUCUCGUCUUUCAACUUCCGGACCCUCGUGCUUUGAUGAUCUCAGACUUUUGUACGACUGACGAAUAAUCAGAACGGAAACGCAAGUGUGAAACCCCUUGUGAGAAGAAGAUAUUGGAGAAAUUAAACAAAUCCUGCCAGGUAAAUGCAACGAGACUAUUAUUAGGCGAUGAUAGAAUCGUUCCUACACAAUCGUCCGGAUUCACCAUUCAACUUGAACUCCAUUAAUUAUAUUUUUUUUUCUCGUGAAUUAUGUGACAUAAAGUGCAUUCUUGAGACGAUGAAACGAAAACAUUUGCUAGCAGUGCGUCCUGUUAAAUAUUUCAUUUUGGUUAAAUUACCAAAUCAAAUAAAAUAAACUCAUCUGAA